GGCAUGUCAGGCAGACCUGGAGCACCUGGGCCUCCAGGAACACCUGGAUUACCUGGAUCCGUCGGUGACAUCACCUCCCUGCUGGAACGUUCUGGGCACCAUGGGACAGUUGGUCCUCCAGGUCCGCCAGGGGCUCCAGGCAUCCAGGGGCCACAAGGCCCAGUGGGGCCCGCCGGAAGAACCUCACAAGGUGGCGGAGGUUCUGGCUACAGGCUGGAGGACAUCAAGGUCUACCUACAGAGUGAGUCAAUGUCUGUGUCUGUAAUUAGUUAAGGGAGGAGACAGACCACGUGCGAGA